UGAGCAAGAAGCUACCAAGAAACCAGUAAGGCGGCAGUCACCAGCACUCAUCCCCGGGUGCGGAGGGUAACAACGGCCCCCCCAGGCCAAACCUGCGCCGCCGCGAUGCCCAAUUUCUCCGGCACCUGGAAAAUGCGGAGCUCGGAGAACUUCGAGGAGCUGCUCAAAGCGCUGGGCGUCAACGUGAUGCUGCGCAAGAUCGCGGUGGCGGCUGCCUCCAAGCCGGCCGUGGAGAUCAAGCAGGAUGGCGAGAGCUUCUACAUCAAGACCUCGACCACGGUGCGCACCACCGAGAUCACUUUCCGCAUUGGCGAGGAGUUCGAGGAGCAGACGGUGGACGGGCGGCCCUGCAAGAGCUUGGCCAAGUGGGAGAGCGAGAACAAGAUGGUCUGUGAGCAGCGGCUGCUCAGAGGCGAUGGGCCAAAGACGGGCUGGUCCCGCGAGAUGACCAAUGACGGGGAGCUCAUCCUGACCAUGACGGCCGACGACGUCGUCUGCACCAGGGUCUACGUCCGCGAGUGACGCCACAGACCCUCCAAGAGGGUCCCCCCAACACAAUCUCCCUCCCGUUUGAUCCCAUGCUGCAUUUUGUACCGCCUCCCACGGACGGAGCGGCUCUUCCACAGCUUCCGCUUGCUUCCAGCCCCGGUAUUUAUUUGUUAAUAUUUUAUUGCAAGUCCAAGCAGCUCUGCCGGGCUCAGGAGCCCCCCACCUGCUCCUGGGGGCCUCUCCGCUGCCUCCAUUCCCCUCCUGCAUUUUUUUAAUAAAAGUCUCCAGAGC